UUAACAUCUCGAUGUUCGAUCUGUCCUAAAAACUGUGGAAGUUAAUGGUUGAAAUGGAAUUGAUAUACAACUUUGAAAUUUUUGUAUGUGUGAUAAAAACCAUUAUUUGUAGACUGACACUACAUCAAACAGAAUGUUGAUUGUAAACGUACAGUCCAGACCGUUUCAAUGACCCGAUUUUGAGUACUGAAAUAAGGAAACAGACGUGACGGAAGUGCGAUAUUUUCCGGAAAUCGAACAGUGAGGCAGGCGCUUAGGACGGCAAGACAAAGCGUUAGUUUAUGAGUAUGAUGGUGAGACUUGGGUUUAAAAUCUUCAAGUGAAUAGCAUCUCGGAAAAGUAUAGGACGCGAGAUUUUUUAGGAAAGGACUGGCUAUCAAAAAUGCCGUGACAUACUGUAUUGAUUACGCCUUCUCGUUACCGCAAACAAAACUGAUGAAGAUAACGCAAAAGUAAUAGUAGUGCACAUGAGACCUGACAGAUUGAAUAGUAUGAAAAUUUGCCCCGGAUGAAUUUUAUCGUCUGGUUUUGAAGAACAGUGUUUGUGUUGAAAUGCGUUCAUUUGCCUCAAUGUUAGUUGACACAUCAAGUGAAAGCUAAUAUUAUUUAUUCUUUGAGAGGUGCAGUGAUUUUUUUAUGGGGUUAUGCUUCUCUUGCAGAAAGUCGAGACUAGAAAGUUUAAAAUCCGAACAGUUUUCCGCUUCUGCAACUCCACUCCAUGUUUGCGUGGAAGAGCAAAAGGGACCAGAAAUUGGUUCAUCUUCUAAAGAGAUCUGUCAGUACACAAAAAUGGCUAACACAAUCUCCAACAUAAAAAUGACUAAUCCUGUAAGGAUCCUUGUGAGUAAAAGGAGAAAACGAUAUACGCAGGAUGGAUUUAAUUUGGAUUUGACAUACAUUAAGAGCAAUCUCAUAGCAAUGGGGUUUCCAGCUCAGAAACUUGAAGGUGUGUACCGCAACCACAUUGAUGACGUUGUGAAAUUUCUGGAGUCCAAACACAAAGACCACUACAAGAUCUACAAUCUGUGUUCUGAACGAUCAUAUGAUGUGAGCAAAUUCCAACAGAGAGUGUCUGUUUACCCUUUUGAUGAUCACAACCCUCCCAAAAUGGAACUGAUUGGUCCAUUCUGUGCUGAUGUUCAUGAGUGGCUAUCUCAGGAUCCCAGAAAUGUUGCCGCUGUCCACUGCAAAGCUGGAAAGGGCCGAACAGGUGUUAUGGUUUGCUGCUAUCUGUUGCACAGCAAGCUGUACUCGACAGCAAAUGAAGCACUCAGUUACUAUGCUGGAAUGAGGACGCAUGAUAAAAAGGGUGUUACAAUACCUAGCCAACGCCGGUACGUUGGAUAUUAUGCAACAUUAGUACAAGAAGAAUUAAAGUAUCAUCCUGUUGUGCUCCUCCUUAAGGAGCUUCGUAUAGAACCCUUGCCAAACCUAAAUGGAGGACAAUGUAGUCUCCAGGUAGUGAUCUCAGAUUCAAACAAAUUGAUAUUUACGUCACCUGUAUAUGAAGUCAAGAAAGGUAGUCCAUCUUUCUGCAUACCUUUAGACCAGAGUGUUCGGCUGGAAGGGGACAUAAAAGUGCAGUUUUUUAACAAACCAAAAAUGAAACGAAAGGAGAAGAUGUUUCAUUUUUGGUUCAAUACCUUUUUUGUUCGUGAGGAGAUUCAAGUACCUGAUACCCCUGCCAAUGGGAAUGAGGAUGGGGAUGUAAUCCCACCUCCUGAUAGGUCUAGUAGAGCAAUGAGUUGUGAUGGACAGUCUCACGUAUCGCAACUUCCACUCAGGCAUUCGAGAACAGUGUCACUUGUUUCUUUGGAGCCUGACAUGAAAAUGUUGGUGUUGAGGCUGAACAAAUGGGCAAUCGAUGAGGCUCAUAAAGAUAAACAAAACAAGUUGUACAGUCCAGAUUUUGAGGUGACACUUUACAUGCGCCGUGUACCAAGUGACCUGUCAGCCAGUAAACUUUGGCAGCAUACAGACAUGCAGCAACGAACGCAUUUCCAGGACACCCCUAGUGAGUCCUCUGAGGCUGAAUCCAGUGACUCAGAUUCAGCAGAAGAUGAAGACUGGGAAUCUGCAGGUGGCGCAUCUAAUAUCACAUGCUCAUAAGAGUUUGGAGGAACUUGCACAUGCUGAUGGACGAUGGCAGAAAUAUCUUCAAGCCAUAGUGGAUCAGCAGUAGGAGCUGCAUCACGUCUUCAUGAUUCUUUUACAAACAGUUUUUGCUGAGCAGUGGUUUUCUUUGUCUGAAAAUUAAAACAUGGUGUACCUUUAGCAAUAUCCCAAGUUAUGUAAUUUAUGUGUUGCAAUAUGAUAUGUUCUUAUUUAUUAUAUAUGUGUGAAAAUGCAUUAUCGGCAUAGUAUAUGUAGUCUUGUGUGUGCUCCCAUUUUUGUUUUCAUUUCUCCAUUUAGCAUGUUUCUGCUGUUGGCACAGAUACAUUCAAUUGGGUUAGAUUCAUUACUUUUGAAUGUAAAAUUUGUGCUAUUUGUAGUUGACUGCAUGUGAUAAAGGUUCCUGAAAAUGUGUUGCAAUAACAAUCACACAGAACAUAUAUACAUGGUACAAUAACUAAAUACAUUGUAAUCCUUUUUAUAUAUUCAUCACAUACAUAUUGGAAGAAGCAUUUAACAGUAAUAGUAAUUUCAUUGAAAUGUGUAUAUUUUGUUGUUAUGCAUAAAUGUUUUGUAAAUAUACAAACAUGGUUGAUGUUAGCAAUUCCAGUUUAGUUAUAGAAAUCAGUGUUUUGUUUUUGUUUGGUAAGAUGCUAGGUGAAGUAUGUUCCUCGUUUCCCAAGAAGCACUAGAAUGCUAGAAAAUUAUAAUUAUCUUACAGGUAUUGAAAUAUUUUUGAUUGUUAUGUCAGUGGAGUUGGAAAAGAAAUAUAUUAUUUUUUUAAGAUGGAACUAAUGAAAAUCUCCACUUGGUCAAAAAAUAUAAUUGUGGUCACAAAACAUUUGCAUAGUACUUUUUUUUUUAAAAAAAAGGAGCUUGUUUCAUAUACAGUGAGGCUUCCAUUAUUUUUUUAAUUCCAAAUAUUUAUUUAUUUAUAGUAUACAACUUCUCUCACUUGUUUUUCACAGUCAUAAUUUCUUUAAACUUUCAAAGUUGACGUGAACAAAAUAUGAACGUUAAAGAUACUUAAUUUGAAACAAGAGGUUGAUAUCUGUAAAAAAAGUUAAGGCAGAUAUAUUUUCACUUAUUUCUAUAAAUAGUUGAGAACGGACAUUUUCAUAGAGAAUUUCCAAUAUGAUUGUUAAGACUCUGAUCAAAAAUUUUUGCCUAUAGUUUUCUGGUUUGAUCCUUCACUCUGUCUCUCAUCUUUUGGUUGGUGUAAUAGAAUUAUGAUUCGUAAAAGCCGAGGAAUUUAUGAACAUGAAAACUUUAUUUAAUUUUUCCAUAUGUUUGAUUUAAACACACAAGUUCCUUUUCUAAAUAUAAUUUUUAGCUAAUUUAUCAGCAGAACAACUCAGAUUUUACUACCAGAUUAUACAGUAAGGUUAUAUUGAUCAUAUUUAUUAUUUGAUACAGCUUCUGGAUAUGUUUGUUGUAAUUUUGUUUCUUUCUCAUUUACUCACUCUCAAGCCUUUUUGUAUCUGAUAUGUGCCUGUUAUUUGACAUAAACAAAGUUAUUUUUGUCAUACGUGCUCAAGAGUAUGUCCCAGGAACAACAUGCACAAGUUUUUCAGAUUUUAUACUACUGUUAUCCACCGCAUGUUACUUGCUGCAGUUUUUUUAAUUUUCAUAUUCAUUACUUGUGUUUUUUUUUCCUUCCAUUUCAUGUAGGACUGUAGUGUUAUUAUAUAAGAAAUUACUAAAUAUGCCAUCACAGCAUCCAUUACAUGUAGCAAUUCCACUUCACUUGAAACUACAGUAUUGUUAUACUUAAAUUUUCUUUUCCUCGCCAUUUGUGCUAGACACAUUACAUUUAGGCUGAGUACAUUUGUUGUGUGACUGAGGUAGAUGUUACAGAACAAGAAAUGAAAGAAAGAAAGGCAGUUCCUCAUUAAAUUGUGUUUUGUUUCAGUUACAUGAGUGACUGUUGAAUAAUUUCUAUAUUCUGCAAACCAUAAAGUCACAGUCACACUGCCAUUCAUCUGCAGGGAAUGGAAGAACUUUCUUCUUGACAGAUACAGAAGCUUGCACUUGUGCACAACAAAAUUUCUGUAAAUGUCUUUGUCAAACUGACCAUUCCAAAUUUUGUCUAGGGCAUAUUAAACUCUGAGGAUGUAUCACAAUGUAUUUGGAUUGGGAGAUACAGAACUUUUGUUUUCUGUUGUUGAUGAAAACUGUGUUUCUACAGUCUGAUACUUACUUGUGUAGCAUUUUCAGAGCUAAUAUUCUACAAGGCUUGUGUAUUGUGUCUAGGUUUAUAUGUUCAACAAUAGAUUAACUAAAAGCUCUACAUGUCUGUGAGAAAUUAAAUUUGUGGGGGCAUAGGUUUCCUAGUGAGAGGUGUCAUCUUUGAAGAUGGAGUACAAGACUCAUUUAAAGACUGUAACAAGCCAUUGUAUCCAAGCAGUUUUCUGGGAUAUGAAAAUUGCAAUAACAUCUUGUUGUUUUCUGUACACUUUUUUCCUCUCUCUCUCUCUCUCUCUCUCUCUCUCUCUCUCUCUCUCUCUCUCUCUCUCUCUCUCUCUUUUUCACUUGCAUAUCGAGGAAGUUCACAUUCAGUUGUCUCGAACUGUGGCUAUGGUACCUGGUACUUACAGUGGUUGAGCGAAGGAUAAGGUGACUGUAUAGUUUGCUUCUUUGUCACUGUUUGAUUCCUCUUUGUGGCUGGCUACUCGUGAAAAGAGUGGCAGUUGAAGAAUCAGACUCGGUUAACAUUGCUUUUAUGUUGAUAAAAUAUUUAAAUGAAUGCAAUAACAAAAAGACAUAAUGGAACAUCCAACUUAAAUUGUUGUGGAAACCUCAUCUAACCUCAGUGUGCCAGGAAAGAAGAGAGCGGCCUGUUGAUUUUGGUACCAUAGUGGUAAAACCUAUGUUUUUCCAUGCCAGGUUACUCAUUCUUAUUGACAGUUACAGUUAGAUUUCCUUCAUUCUUUAUAUCCCAACUCCUCUUACACUUUCUUACUAUCAGAAGUUAAAGUAUAGUUGAUUUGGAAAACUGUGUUGUAUUAUGCCCUACAACUAUUUUGAUUUACCCUACCCUUAAACAUAAAAUUUGAGAAGUCCUGUCAUAUGCGAAAUAAUAUCCAUUGUUCACAUUAAUUUUAUAUUUUAAUUUCCAACAGAAUGUAUAUAAAUUAAAGUAGGAAUAUCUGUUGGGGGGGAAAUAUGACACUGAAACUGGAAAUAAUGUGAAAGAUUCCUGUGCCAAAAUGGAACCCCCUUGUCCCUCCCAGCUAUCAGCUAUAAAUAAAAUUCAUUGUGUCUUUUGUGAUGGAAAGUUGACUGCUACUUGCCUCAUUGUGUAGAUGUGAAUUUAUUUGAUGCUGAAUUACAUUGCCAUAGAACUAUAUAUAAGUUUUUUGUGUGAUUGAUUUAAAAGAUUAAGAAAUGUAUGAUGGAACAACUGCUAGUUCAGUGCUCUGAUCAUAUUUCCAAGAACAGAACUGCUUCUUUGUUGCAAACAGUACUUUGCUGUACUUAUGAAUGAUGUUUGCAGUAAUUUCAAAGUGCAGAAGUUUAAGGAAUGCCCUUCUUACUUUCAUAACAACUCAGUUGUUCUAGUUGUUCCACAGUUGUUUGUAGUAUUCUAUUAUGAAAGAAAUUAUUAACGUCCUCUUCACGGAACAGUUCCUUAAUGGGUUCUGCUAUAUUGCUUUUUUGAGUGAGUUUCUAAUUAUUGUUAACUAAAUUACACAAACGUAAUCAACAUUAAAGGCAAUGAAUAUAUUUCACUCAGACUUGCUAUGUCAAAUUGUUAUUCCAUGUCAUCAUAGAAAAUCGAAUCUCAAUCACUGAUAUACUUUCAUAGUAAUUUACUCAAAAAUAUAUAUUUACGUAUUGACUCUUCAUUGUGUGCAAAAUUUAAAAGAUGCAUUACUUUGACAAAAUGAUGUAAAUGUACUUUAACAGGACUGAUUAUAUCUUUUUUGUGUUGUGUUUGUUUAUGACUGCAGUAUAGUAUUGUAUUGCUGUGCUUUGUGUCAAUGAAGAGAAGAAGUGUGCCUUGAUUGUAAUGUAGUGUUCAACCUAGAAAGUACAAAGCUGUUAACUUGAUCUCAAUGCUAGGAAAUAGAGUAGAUGUUAAUGCUAAUUACAAUAGAUAACUUCUUGAUGUAUGUACUGUUUUGUGAUGUUGCCAUUAUGCAACUGUUGAGGUGCAAACUUGCCUGCAAAUUUUUUUUUUACUCUGAGAAAUGAUUGAUUGUACUUGAGUCUUAAAUAGUUCUGACUUUAGUUACUAAUUUUUCUCCUAUAAAUUGUUUCACUUGUGCCAAAAUUUUACUAUUCAUUUUUAAUACUGCUAUUAAAGAUUUGUGAAUAUGACAGUUUCUACUGUAUGUUUGUCAGUGUUUGUCCUUUGCUUCAAUUUUUUUUAUUUACUGUUUUUUAACUAUCUAUUAGAUUGUUGUACUUAAACCCUUGUCAGAAUGCAAGGCAUAUUUGAUUACCAUACUCACUGAAAUAUUCGUUGUAUCAGUGAUGUGCCAUUCCAUGUUGUUGAUCAGCUUAUUUAAAAAGUUAUUAACUUGCAACAUUUGGUGACUGAAAAAUUGUGAAUAGAAAUUUAUUUCAGUAUUUGCCUUGUCUGCCUUAAAAUCAGAAAACAGUGAUAAAAUAAAAGAGUUACAAAAAAUUA